AUUUGCUCUCUUAUUAGAAAUCAGCUGAUUUUGUCAACAAUAAAUUUGGACACGUCAGUGUUUACAAAGUGUUAAUGCUUUUGAGAAAACCGUCUGAAGUGUGAAGAUUUUUAGGAAAAAAAACUUGAAUUCGAAGACUAGAUACCAACAACAUGCGAAGGUCAAAUGCUGGCGAGCAUUCCGUGUAUGAAGAGGAAAACCAGAGACUUGAAAGUGAACUCAGAAAUAAAGUUUCAGCUUUAAAAUCACUUUCAAUAAACAUUGGAGAGGAAGUUCGAGAUCAAAACAAACUUCUUUAUGGAAUGGAUGAUGAUAUGAACAAAGUAUCUGGUUUCCUUGGCUCAACUAUGAAGAGGUUAAAAGGAAUAUCACGUGGUGGAUAUGGAAGAUUAUAUUGCUAUUUAUUACUAUUUGUUCUUGCUGUGUUCUUUGUCAUGUAUUUGCUUAUUAGAUUGUCUUGAAACAGAAUGGUUUAUGACAUCAUAGGCUUGAAUUUCCCAAGAGCACCACUGUAGUUAUUCCAAAUAUAUGUUUGGUUAGCUUUGUGGAAGUCUGGUUUGUAUUAUAACAUACAAUGUAACAAUUCAAGUGCUUUUAACUGCCAACUGUUGUAUCUUAUGUCACUUGAGAAUGGUGAAGCCUUUAUUUAUAUGAGCGAAAGUUUUAGCAUUUCUAUGAAUGUGUUUCUAGUGUGCAAUAAAAACUGAAAAAAUCUA